CCGGUAUUGGAGAAUGGCACGGUCCACUGCGCCGUCAAGUUGAAAUAGCUCAGUUCAAGGGCAGCGAGCUGAUCUGUAGUUUGUGAGCGUCCCUCCUGUCUGUGCUGUCUGUGCUGUGGACACUGACACCAUCAUGCUCUGCAGAGUUGCUCAGAUACGCAGGUGUGCAGCCAGUCUCAGCCAAACCAUAAGCCAGGCAACCGCAUCGAGGCACAAGCACACGCUCCCAGACCUGACCUACGACUAUGGUGCCCUGGAGCCCCACAUCAGUGCAGAGAUCAUGCAGCUGCACCACAGCAAGCACCACGCCACAUAUGUGAACAACCUCAACGUCACAGAGGAGAAGUAUCAAGAGGCACUGGCAAAGGGUGACGUGACGGCACAAGUUGCCCUCCAGCCUGCUCUGAAAUUUAAUGGAGGAGGCCACAUUAAUCACACCAUCUUCUGGACAAACCUCUCUCCAAAUGGUGGAGAUGGGCCACAGGGGGAACUAAUGGAAGCCAUCAAUCGGGACUUUGGCUCCCUCCAGAAGUUGAAGGAAAAGAUGUCUGCUGCUACCGUUGCAGUGCAGGGCUCAGGGUGGGGCUGGCUGGGCUACGACAAGGAGAGCGGAAGACUUCGCAUCGCUGCUUGUGCAAACCAGGAUCCUCUGCAGGGGACGACAGGUCUCAUCCCUCUUCUUGGUAUUGACGUAUGGGAGCAUGCCUAUUACCUUCAGUACAAAAAUGUGCGGCCGGACUAUGUUAAGGCGAUCUGGAACGUAAUCAACUGGGAGAAUGUGACUGAGCGUCUUCAGAUCGCCAAAAAGUAGAAUCUGACCCUCGCAAAUCCCUGAAAACCUCUCUCAUCUUGACCUGGACCUGGUUCAAAUAGUCGCUGCAAAUAAUUCUUAGUUUUACCAUGCGUGGAGUAUCAGUGGUGGUGUUCUUCGAAUUUUAGAUUGUCAAUUGCAUUAAAGUUGAUUACUUUUGACUUGGAAAUACUUUCUAUAUUGAAAACAUACAAAUUAAAAAUCAUUUGCAUGUGCUUUUUAAAUCUCAGGUCUGUCCUCAAACACCAGACUCUUCAAAGCGCACAAAAAUGGCUGCCUUUCACGUCAAGGCUGGCUUUUGUUACCCAAAUAGUAGUUGACGCAAUACCAGAGAGCAUAUUCAGUGAGCUGUGUCAUUGUCGGAAUUACUCACACAAAAAUCAGGCAAUGUUAUUGCAGUCCAUGUUUUUGAUGUAGAAUAAUAAAAUUAUAUGAUUUCAGUUGUAAAA